AUGCGACCAUCGAUUAUUGCCUUGGCUCGCUCAACAUGGAAAGGUAAUAUUGAUGUUUCAUCUACGAAAGCGUUUACAGCGGAACAUUUGUUUUAUAAAGGCUUACAAAUCGUCUCCUCUUCUGCGAUAGGCCCACAUUUUGUGCAGUUUCCAGGUAUAUUAUCUCUGCUACUGUCACCCGACGACUGGCUUGAACUUGAUCUGUAUUACUAUAAUCUCCAACUUUCGCUUACUGUUCUACUAUCCAUGUUCUCGGAAUUGUUAUCAUCAUGGCCAGGUCUUCGUAUAGCCAUGGAGAAUAGCAUUGCAAUACGUACAAACGCACGAGCCUGUACUAUUCUACCUGCAUUUGUUGGACUAAAAUUUGCAGUGUAUAAUGGAAAAGAUUAUCUUACGGUGAACGUAACCGAAGAAAUGGUUGGUCACAAGUUGGGCGAGUUCGCCCCCACUAGGAAGAGGUUUUCGUAUAAAUUUACGAAAAAUAAAUAA